CUGAACAUACUGCUUUCCUCUUCUAUAAUUUGGUUUCGCACUUUGCUUAUGUCGAUCUUCUAUUGUAAGCCAUUUAAUAACCACCUAUCUUUCACAAGGUUCGUAAAUAGAUGUGAGGGGAAAUUUAGAAACCGAAUCUAUGGUUGAAUUAUUCAAAUGCCAUGGAAUAUUUGAUCGAAGAUAGUGCAACAAAACGCAAAGGUAUUUCCACAACAGCUAAAAUUUGUAUAGCUGCUACCGGUGGGAUUGCUGUUGGACUGAGUGUUAUUUGUGCGUCCUUUGUAGCGCCUGCUUUUCGACGAAUAUGUCUUCCCUACGUACCCGCCACCAACGAGCAGGUUAGAAAUGUGCUCAGCUUCUUACCUAAGAACUCGCGAAGAAAGUUAUUGGACAUAGGAUCCGGUGAUGGCCGAAUUGUUAUAGCUGCCGCUGAAAAUGGACUACUUGCCGACGGAGUUGAAUUGAACCCUUGGCUAGUUUGGUAUUCCCGCCUGUCAGCUCUACGACAAGGUGUGCAGCGACAAACGAAAUUCUUUAGGCGAGAUCUGUGGAAAUACAGCGUAGCGCCGUAUGAUUAUGUAGUUAUAUUCGGGGUGGAACAGAUGAUGAAAGAUUUAGAAAAUAAGCUAAUUGCGGAGGCACAGAGAAAUUCAAAAAUUAUUGCGUGCCGCUUUCCACUUCCGAAUCUGCAACCACAGCGUGUUACUGGAGAUGACGUUGAUACCGUUUGGUUUUACGAUUUAGAUAAGGCAAAAUCAAUUGGCAGUGAGACGAAAAACUAGAAAAAUAAAACAAUAUACACCCUUCGACCAAAAAAAAAAAGCCACUGUUUAAUUUUAUCAAGUUUUUAUUUGCUGGCUGUGUAUUUUUGAUAUACUGCUGCAGGUGGACACAAGCUGAACACGAGAAAUAAGACAGCAAAUUACUGAUAACUGCUUACAUACAUAUGUACAUAAAAAGUGCAUACAUUUUUACAAUACAUAUUUUAUUAUUCGAAUGGAGUAAGAAGUCAGUCAGAGAGCAAAUACCGAUGCUUUUAAUAACGUUAAAUGAUUGUGAAUUAAACUGGGAUUGGAGUGUAAGGAAGUUAGUCCGCUUGCCGUUUAGCAAAAUCUUGGCUAGGAAUAACCAAUUUCUUAAAGUCCCUUUUGAUGACCAAAAUGAUUGUGUAAUUACAUAUAUUAACAAGAAAAAAAGAAAAGUUCAUAUCUUGAUUUCUCAUCUAUACUGUUUUUAUAUUCGUCAACAGUUCACACAUCUUUAGCAGAUUAGUUAUGCGCGAUUGAGCUGGCAGUUGCUAAAAACGUCGUCCAACAUAAAUAUAUUUGUGCUCAUGGUCACGAUACACUUCAGUAAAACCGAUUUUUGCAUAAUGCUGUCGUAAAUUUUCGGAAUCCUUAACGGACAGGCGAACAUGCACACCAAAGCAACCAUUGGAACGCAAUGUUGCUAAUGCCACUGUUAUCAGAC